AACAGAAAUUGCCCUAGAUCAUAAGUGCUAAAAAUAAUCCAGCUGUAACGAUACAUGAACUGUCUGUAGUUGAUCAGUGCACGUGUGAGUCAUGCUUGGUUGGAUAUAGCCAGAGAGAUUGAAUAUAUUUAGCCAAGGGCAUGGGAAUACACAAAGAGGAAACACUUAGAUGCUAACUUUGUCAUUCUGAGUGAAGUGUCGGCCAUUUAAAAAGGGGAACCACAUGUGAUUUAUUUUCUACCAACAAAGUACCGAUUGUAAAUUGUUGAUGUCAAGCCCUACACUGUCAUAGUAAGUCGAUCAGACUACCGAAAUAGCCGAGCACAAAGAAGCUGCCAUCAUGGGGAAGAAGUGUUGCAGUAAAGUGUACGCUCUGAUGAGGAACAAUCGGGCUGUGCAAAUUAUUGUGUUCUUUGUGAUGGUUGGUCUGAACAUUGCUGAUUUGACUAACGAUUGGCUUCUAUAUCAUGAUGUGGACGCAGCUGAAGAAGGCCUCGCCUUUGGACCCACAGAAGAGAGUGUCCGCAUUGCCCUCCUGUUUUUCUCCAUCAUGGGUGCUGUCAUUUUUCUGUUUGAAAUCAUCAACUUUGGAAAAGAUAUUUUCAGUGGUAACCCUUGGUUAGACAUGGACAUUGCCUCCGCUAUAGUGAUCUGGUUUGAAGAUAUUCCACAGAUUACCAUAAGUCUUGUAAUUCUGGCUUGCAGGGAAGAACCCAUCAGUAUCUUUCAGCUAGGGAAAGCCUCUGUGGUUAUUCUUGGGGCCCUCAUACGACUCUUUGUUGGUAUUGUGUGGGCCUGCCGCAGAAGGUCUGAAGAAAUUGAAUGCAUUUACAGCAGCAAGGGCAAAAAUAAAGACAACUGCAAGAAACAGAAACAUCCUGUCAUUAGAUUCUUCAUGUUUUUGGGACUAACUCUCCUGGUGCUUGGAUCAUGUCUUAUAUUUCUCUUCACCCAAACAACUUGGAAACACUCUGGGUUUUUGGAAUUCCAUGAGCCUCACUCACUAUUUGAAGGGGAGUAUGUUGACGAGCAUUAUUUUCAAAGAGUUGGGAUCUAUGGAAAUAUAGGCUUCUUGGACACGCGAAAUAAGUCAAAACAAAAUACUCCACUGGAAAAUCAGUGGGUCAGGAUGGUUGAAAUCCACGAUCUACGUCACGACUACAAGAGCAUUGUAAUUGCUCUCGAAUUCUCAAACGAUAGAUCAUAUCUACAGGUCACAAAGAUAAUUCCCAAAUACAACAAAACAAUAGACUGCUUCAAUAUAGAUAGAACAGAGGGCAUAAGCAUUACAUCAGACCCGCCAUGCUCAAAAUCAUCCACAAUGACCAAGACUUAUAAAAUCAUCUUUAAAUUUGAAUAUGUUUCCCCCACCAACCACCUGAUCCUUGGCGACAUUGUAUACAACGUGAUGGGAACCGUGCAUGAUAAAUGUGAGCAGGGGUCGGUCACAGAGGACCCUGCCACAGGAAACAGUUACAUCAUGGUGGGGAACUUUACGACCGCCCUGAGGUACUACCAGGUCAAAGAAGACUACAAAGGCAAUGGCUACAUGAUUCCCAGCAAUUCCUCGUCAAGACCAAAGUUAGAUUUUUACUCUCCACAGUUCCACUUAACGGAUAUAACAUCCGUGUGGAAAACCGGCUUCCUUGGCUGCAAAUAUUCAGGAAGUGUUUCUCCACAUAAUGAUUUCAAACUUUCCACAAACUGUGACAUCUGAUAUGACUUCAAGGAAAGUCUGUGCCUUUAUAAGUUUUUAAAAAAGGUUUUUAAUUUUUUUUUAAACAGAUCGGGACCAUAUAUAUGUACAAAAAUUUAACCAACAGAUAAACAUAAGUUGUACACAUAACAUAUUUUCACCAAGAAAUUCAUACGGUAAGAAGUUAUGCAUUUUGUAAAAAAAACAUUAAACGUUGGAGAAAUUGAUCAGAGUGAGGUUGACAUGUGUAAAUUUUUAGCCUUGAUAUUGUAAAACAGAACUCUUUUAUACUGCCUUAUUUUCAUAUACCUGAUACCAGUCAAGAUAUGUACAAGUUUUUCCAAACAGACAUUUUUUAUUGAUUAUUUUUGCCUUUAUUGUGUUCUACGCAUUUAGCUUCUUUUCUCAGAAAAUCAGAAUUCGUCAUUUCUGGAAUUGUUGUUAGGAGGCUUUAAACUUCACUUAACAAGUUUCUUUGAGAGUUUUAUCUGAUUUUUAUCCAUGCGUAAAGUGUUUUAAACAUUUUCAUUUUAAUGUGUCUAUAUCAUUUUACAAGAUUAUUUUCAUCAGCUGUAUUAAUCAUUGAAAAUGGUUUAAUUGCUAUUAAUCAUCUUUUAUCUUCAAAGAUUGUGAAACAAAUUUUUAUUUUUAUGUUCAUGCCAUUUUGUACUUGUGUUAUUGUCCCAGAGAGAGAGAGAGAGAGAGAGAGAGAGAUCAAGUUCUGCUAUCAUAAUUUGUACACUGAUUCAUGUAUUCUUAUACUUUCUACAAGUGACUGAGUGUAUUUAGUUUCAUUUCUUCAUUCUUGAAUGUCUUGUUGUAUAAAACAUAACAUCAUCAAGUUUGCUUCAAAGAAUGUAACACACCCUGGAUCAUACUUGCAUUAAGUUCUCAGAUUCUCACUCCUGUAUGUAGGAGAUCAUUUCAAGUGGGCACAAUAUCAGCAGUAUAUCCUUGAAGAUAACAUAUUAAUUAAGUAAGAUUUCAUCUGCAUAUACCAAAUACACAUUCAGAAAAUUUAUUUACUGGCAUUAAAUAUGGUAUUCACAUCAUUUUCCAAAAUUUCAUAAUUCAUAAAUGUACUUAAUUUUUAACCCUAUUUUUUCUAGUAAAUUUACCUAAAUCACAAAUGAAGUGUUAUAUCAUGCAUUUUGCAUAAAGCAUUCCUCUUAUGAAUUGAUUUUGCUGAUAACAAACAUUUUGCCUCCAAUUUGCACAAAACUGAAUUUUAUUAUGUCGUCCUUCUUUGAAAAAGUAACUGACAAAGGAAAGUGAAUACAAUUUUUACAUGAAGUAUACUUAAUUAAAUAAUUCCAGUAACUCUCACUGCAGGCCACUGUCAAUACAUGUAUUAACAUACACAGAAAUCUUUGUGACAUUUCUCAUCAAUAUUUUCCUGGCGUAGUUGAUUCAGCAUGUAUAAUAUCAUCAGUUCAGUGCUUGUUAUCAAAAAAUGCUUUCAAAAUUAAAGGUUGAAAAAUUAA